AUGGCAUCAAUAAACCAGCCAGAUGUUGAAGCAAAAACGCCCGAGAAAGAGCCAGACAGAGUAUCCUUCAGCCAAGCCACCGCCGAUGUCGGACAGAAUGAGAUACAAUUGCCAAUUGGUCAUGAAGCACUGGAGGCAUCAUUCUCUGUGACUGAGCUUCUUCAAUCGAGACAUAUUGAUGCAUCACCAACCUCAGACUCUAAGAUUCCCGACUUUCUAUCCCCUUUUAGAUGGUCUCUCAAAAAGAAGAUAACCAUUCUCUCUGGUGCCUUCAUGGCAUCAACACUCGCGUCAUACUCCUCCGGUGCUUAUGCCCUCGCCUCAAACCCCCUUCGAAGUGAAUGGAACAUUGAUGAUACUCAAUUCAAUGCUGGAAUUACCCUGUUCGUCACAGGCUUCGCCAUUACGCCCAUGGUUCUCGCUCCUGUAAGCGAGGUACACGGAAGAUAUUGGGUAUUUGUGGCUUCCGGCAUAGUCUUCUUCCUUGGUAGUCUUGGAUGCGCUGUUACGAACAGCUACGCUGGAAUGAUGGUCGCCCGCCUGAUUACGGGUAAUGGUGCUGCUGUCUUUGCCACCUUGACUGGAGGCGUUGUCAGUGAUCUAUAUCGGAAGGAAGAUCGAAACACACCAAUGGCUCUGUACUCACUGUCUAUCAUGAUUGGCACUGGCUUGGGUCCUCUGGUCAGCGGUAUCAUAGUUGAUCGCCUAGGCCGGAGAUGGAUAUUUUAUGUCCAACUCAUCACCAUUGGGACUGCGACCGCCCUUAUCUUCUUUCUAUUUCAAGAAACGCGAAGUAACGUGUUACUACGACGGAAAUGCGCCGCCCUCAAUGAGAUGCAGUUCAAGAUUCUAAACGAAACGGCUGUGCUCUUUGUUCCGUCGGUUGAAGAAAACAUCCAUGUCGAGAUCAGCAUGCUUUGGCGAAGUCUCGCAUUUCCCUUGCGUUUAUUGAUGACAGAGUCCAUUCUAUUCUGGUUCACCUUGUGGGUAUCAUUUGCUUGGGCAAUUCUUUACAUGCAGUUUAGCAGCGUCGGCCUUGUCUUCACAGCUGUAUAUGGCUUUGACAGCACUCAGGUUGGAGCAGUUUAUGCAGCAGUUGUCGUUGGGUCCAUCAUGAGUAUCAUAUUGGCUGUCAUCCAGGAACCAAUUUUGCGUUUGGCUUUUCCUCACAAGACGAUUUCUACGACACCAGAGCAGCGACUGCUAUCUCCCUGCAUUCAGUCCAUUCUCCUACCCAUCGGCCUGUUCUGGUUUUUCAUGUCUGCUAAACCGGAUACAACCUGGGUUUCCCCGACACUAGCGAUUGGAUCUUGCACAAUGGGUAUCUAUAGUAUUUAUCUUGCUGUCUUUAAUUACCUUGCGGAUACAUAUCAUGGAUACGCCUCGUCAGCCUUGGCUGCCCAAAGCCUAUGUCGUAAUCUGAUAGGAGGCAUCUUUCCGUUACUUACUGCCAGAAUGAUAAAUAGUUUAACUUUGAAAGGGACUGGUGGUCUUUUGGGCGGACUGGGGCUAGUCUUGACUGCCAUUCCAUGGCUCCUGUAUUUUUACGGGCGGAGAAUUCGAGGUCGCAGCCCUUUCGCCAAAGAGAUGGAAUAA